AAGUUUUAUCAUGACAACGACUACACAAUUAUUUGAAUACUAUGCUACAAACUACAGCCAAAUUUGUCAAAAAUUGAGCUAUGAGAGAAGCUACAUCGAAACGCCUGAAUUUUUAUCACUGUGCGCAAAGAUUAUUGGAAUAUUGGGUGUUCCAACCAAUUUCUUCGCAAGCUAUAUUAUAACUUUUCAUACUCCAAAAUCAAUGACCCAUUUGAAAUUGUGCCUAUUGAAUCUGAAAUUCUGGACACUUCUAAUAGACUUAAUCUACACAGUAUUCUUAAUUCCUUUUGUGUUUUAUCCGAUAUUUGCCAUGGGAUACAUUGGAAUAUUUGGAAAGGUUUUUGGAAUACCAUCCGAAAUUCAAUUUUAUUUUGCAAUGGCAUGUUAUGGAGGCAUAGCAUCAGCAGGCAUAUUAAUAUUUGAAAAUCGACAACAUCACAUGAUUCCGAAAGGUCACAAAUUCCGAAUUCAAAACUGUGCAUUUAGAGUUUUACUGAUCAUUUUCAAUGUUCUCAUAGGAAGUUCUGUAAUGCUAAUGGCAAUUUGGUUGAGAGCAGAUAGCAACGAGCUUAAGUUUAAGUUUUUGAAGAUAAACCCAUGUCCGGACCCUUUGUAUUUCACUCCAUCAACAUUUGCCGUGGAUUCACAAAGAAACGAGUUUAGCAUUUGCAUUGUGAUUGUUUUAACUGUGGUUUUCAUCCAGUACACAUUUUUCAUUUCUCAUUGUAUUUGGUACAUAUAUUCUGAAGACGCCGUCCGAUAUUCGAAGAGUACCAGGAAACUUCAAAAAAUGUUUCUCUACGCUUCAUUUUCUCAGCUUGGAAUUUUUGUGACCGUAUUCGUUCUCCCACUGGGAAUAUUUGCAAUGGUUUUGACAACUGGAUAUAAGAAUCAAGGACUCCUCAAUAUUUGCAAUUUGAUAAUUCCAACGAUAGGAAUGAAUACAUCAAUUGGUUUAGUGACAAUGUACAAACCAUAUCGAGAUUAUUUCAUUGGAAUUUUUAAAGAAGGCGGAAAUGGAAUUGUUCCUCCGCCAAGCGCUUUCACUAAAUCUGUGGUUUUUUGAUAUUUUUUUUGUUUUUUAAAUAACUUUUAAAACAAAUAAUGCAAUUUUUGUGUUCCUAUGUUAACCUCAUAUAUUUUUUUGUCAAACUGUAAAGUACUUAAAUUU